AUGCAGGCGCCCACUGGCAGCGCAGACCGCCCGGACGCCAUGACGACCGCGACCGAGUCUGAAGCGAAGAAGCCUUCGCAGUCGCUCCUCCGUAACUACGGGCAGGCCCUCAACAUGCACAUGCAGGAGAUCUGGGAUGCAACGUCUGCCGAUCUUGAGCUUCAGAUGGUCGUCGUCGCUGUGAUUCGGGAGUGCAAGGAGCUGAAGGCAGCCGCCACCGAAAACUUGCAGACCGUGGGCGAGAUCAUGACCUCGGCCAUGGAAGGGCGCAAGCGCAAGCGCGACGACGACGACUCUGGCCUGCAGGAUCUUCCCGUGGCCCCAGAAGGACCCAUCCGCAGAGGCCAACAUAUUUAUGGCCAUUGGGUUGCUAAGUUAUUGGACGAGUUGCUAUUUUUUCUAGAGCCCACCCUCUUCGACAAGAAGACGUUGAAGAACAUGGGCAUCACGGUGAAGUACGAGUGCCUCUAG